CGCACGCUGAGGUGAAUGUACGAGCUGCCAUUUUUUGGAUAAGUAUUCGUCUUAGUUUAGCGAUCAGAAGCAAAGUUUAGUGCUUUGCGUGCUAAUAUUGCAAAGUUUACAUUCUGUUCUCAAACCGAAAUAGGACUUUUUGCUUUUAACUGCGGCGAAUUCGUUUAUUUGGAGGUUUUGGUGGCGCGCAGGUAGCUUCAGGCUGCUAGCGGUAUCUGUAAACAAACAGGGACAGCUGCUCAGAUCAGACCUAAGUGCAGGCGGACUCGAUUGCGUUAUCUCUUCGGUUUUCAUUCUGGGGUGUUGUUGCGCAUCGGGGUCGCAGCGGGCCACGGUCUCACGGUUCUGGGGAUAGUUUUGGAGGAGCUACAGACCCGAGCAUGGCGUCCUUCUCGGAGUCCGCGCUGGAGAAGAAGCUGUCGGAGCUGAGCAGUUCGCAGCAGAGCGUCCAAACUUUGUCCCUGUGGAUCAUUCACCACCGCAAACACUCGGCCCUCAUCGUCAAAGUGUGGCACCGGGAGCUCAAGAAAGCUAAAUCUGGUAGAAAGCUGACAUUUCUAUAUUUGGCAAAUGACGUCAUCCAGAACAGCAAAAAGAAAGGCCCAGAAUUCACCAAAGAUUUUGAGUCUGUGCUGGUUGAUGCCUGCUCUCACGUCGCCAGUCAAGGGGACGAUGGCUGUAAAAAGCACCUGGAGAGACUUCUGAACAUCUGGAAGGAGAGAAACCUGUACAGACCAGACUUUAUACAGCAGCUCAAACUGGCCAUAGAAGACUCCAACAGCCCCAAACCCAUAGAGGAGAAGAAGCCGGUGAAACGGACGUAUCAGAAAAUCCAGGAGGAAGAGGAGGAUGAGGACGACGAUGACGACUACAGAAGCCACCUGUCCCCCAGACACACAGACUCCACGGCCGCUCAGCUGACAGAGGAGCUGGUGAAGGCUCUUCAGGACCUGGAGAACGCUGCUUCUGGAGACGCUGCUGUUCGUCAGAAGAUCGCGUCUCUGCCUCAGGAGGUCCAGGACGUGUCUCUGCUCGAGAAGAUCACCGAUAAGGAGGCUGCAGAUCAUCUGUCCAAAACCGUGGACGAGGCGUGUUUGCUCCUGGCCGAGUAUAACGGGCGUCUGGCUGCAGAGCUGGAGGACCGCAGGCAGCUCGCCCGAAUGCUCACAGAGUACAUCAACAGCCAGAAGGAGGCGCUGUCUGAACGAGAGAAGAAGCUCGAGGAGUACAAACAGAAGCUGGCGCGGGUCACCCAGGUCCGAAAAGAGCUGAAGUCUCACAUCCAGAGUCUGCCGGACCUCUCCCUCCUGCCCAAUGUCACCGGGGGCCUGGCUCCUCUUCCCUCCGCCGGGGACCUCUUCUCCACCGACUGAGGAGGAGAAACCAGCCGGCCUCCAGAAACAACAAAAAAAAAAACUACUGCUCUCGUCUCCUCCCGUAGAGACCCAACCCGGACGAACUGGACUCUCAAACGCCCCCCUGUGGUCGGACCCAGCAGCACAAGAAGGAAAGUGACAGAGACUUUACUAGCCUGGCUUCUCCCUCGUACAGUGGUCAAGGAUUCACUCCACCAGCUCCGGAGGGAACUACCAGAAUGAUUUUAUUUAGUUUUAAAAAUGGAAGCUAAGGACGGAAGGUAGGAAAUAGAUGGAUUGCGAUUAAAAAUACGUGGAGAGUUUGUCGAAAAAAGAGGGUUAAGUUACACUGUGAAUACAACUGAUUUUUGAGAAUUCAGUUUUCAGCUGUUUGUGUUGAGUACGAGUGAGUAGAAAUCCACAACGUGAUAAUGGCCAAUAACGGAACACGUACCAAUUUAUACUUUGCGGUGACGUCGCGCCGGGGGUGUUCUACGUGUACGGAACGUUCAGCAGUUACCAUGGUAACAGAAUGCACACACAUGUUUCAAGACCAUGUGAAAACUCAAGAAAAAAUAGGUUAAGUUAGGUUUGGUUGCUUUAUUCGUACCUGUAGGUAAAUUUGUUUUGCAGAUUUGAGAGGCAGGUCCCACAUUUCACUUUUAAUUUAUCCACAUUAUGAAGAAUAAACACGAAUAAAAAACACAAUUACAAAAUAAAGUGUUACAGAGCUCCAGAGCAGAAUAGUUUGUUCAAUAAGCAGUUAGUUACCGUAUUUUCUGGACUAUAGUUCACGCUCUUAAGCCUCCAACCCCAUCAAAAAAAUGACCGCACGCCCCACAAUCCAGAGCGCCCUGUACAUGAAUCCACUCGGGUGUCCAAGCACGACUUCAGUAAACUACAAAGCCGCACCACCCGCAGAACUCAAACGGAGCAGACAGCGACCAAGCAGCGAAACACACCCACAGACACACUCAUCACUCUACGCCGAUGAGGAACAGAACGGAGGAACGAACUGAAAAAGCGAGUGCAAUGUGCCACUUCUAGACACAACUGAACAACUGAGUCACUGCGAACACGCCGACAAUCCAGCGGUCCCAGACAGCACCCUCCCUACACGCCACAACUGAACAAAGCCCAGAGUCACCGUGAACGCACCAAACAAAGUCCCACUGACCCAUCCAACUGUUGUGUUUCAUUUAAAGUCCAGUGUGGACUUAUUUGUGAAAAAAGAUCGAAAAUAGACCAUUGAAUGACGGUGCGUCUUAUAAUCCAGAGCGCCUAAUAGUGCGGAAAUUGAAUCAUUGAAUGGUCUAUUUUCAAACUUUUUUCACAUAUAAACUGCAUCGGACUGUAAGGCGCAGUAAACGAAACACAACAGUUAGAUAAGUCAGUCAAACUUUAUUUAACGUGUUCACAGUAACUUUCAACUUUAUUCAGUUGUAACCUGUAAAAAAAAUACUGUCUGAGACUCUAAAUUGUUCGUGUAUUCAAAAUAAGUCAUAAUAGUUCAAACAGUUGGGUGAUUACGGCAUCCAGCACGCCCGCAUCCCUCUCGUCAUUAACUGAGUCAGUGUGGUUUCCUGGCAGAUAAAAAACAGGUCGCUCUUUGUGCACUGAUGCGGUUCAGCUUCUGUCGGACUAAAGAACACGACUCAGUGGAAUAUGUGUGAAAAUUGGUUCAAGGUCAGUAAUCACAACCAGAAUUAAUACAUAAGGCGCACUGUCGAUUUUUGAGAAAAUUAAGGGAUUUGAAGUGCGUUUUAUAAUCCGAAAAAUACAGUAAUGAAGUCAUAGCACAUACAGAUGGGGGCGCAGCUAAAACUAAUACUUUUAACGUACUAAAAUAUGUUCCAGUACAGUGAGAUUUUGGGUUUAUAAUAACUGAAAACAUUCAACAACAGAUUCAACAUUUGUGCAUUUACGUUUGGGAUAUUUCGCUGUCUGCUCCAUGCCUGUUUGCUGUUGUUUGUGUGCUGGGACACCCGAGUGGAUUCGUGUAUAGGGCGCUCUGGAUUAUGGGGCGCACAGUCGUUUUUUGAUGGGGUUCGAGACUUAAGAGCGUGCCCUAUAGUGCAGACAAUACAGUAUUUCGUGGCAAAGUUCAAUGUCAUCAAUUUAAAAAAAAAAAAAAAAAAAAACUGUCUGCUGCCCCCUUCUGGUAGAAUGACACCAUGACACUCUCGAAUCUGAAAACCACCUUUUGUAAUAAUUUUGUGCAUUUUUAACUGCGAAUCGUGUAACUUCUCUGCUUGACUCCUUGGCGAUGUUAUUGUUUUACCUUGAAAAUUACACCGUAUGGCGCUAAACUUUGUGCGGAGGGGUGAUACGUGGGUUCGUAUCAACGCAAAUCUUUUCUUUUUUAAAUAUAUGUAUUGAUAUUUUCCGCAAAUGUCACACUGUGGGACAUUCCAGGCAACGCAUUAACAUUUCUAUAGCGUCAAGCAGCUGAAACUCCACUAGAAAAGUUACAUUGUGCACCAAAAAACACUCCAAAAAUCUAAAUAUACAUACAUACUUAUAAUAUAAUGGUUUAAACACGGAUAUUUUUUAUUUAAUUUAGCUUUUUGCAUUUUAAUUAGACAGAAAUUUUAUGUUAUCGGCAUGUAUUUCGUUAUUGGCCAUUAUUACGUCGUGCGUCAUCUGUGUAUUUGUCGUUUUGGUUUUUCAUUCUAAACUACAAAAAUAGAAUAUCUAAAGAGACGUUUAGUUGUGAUUUCACUUGUUUUUAUUGGGCAGUUUGACAAAAUAAACACAAGAUUUUGGGGCUGCGUCAACUUUUCGGAUUAAGCUAUAAGAUUUGUCAGCUAAUUCAGUCAACUACGACGGUUUUAUUUCAACAUCAACAAAAAUAUGCUGUUUUUUCCGUGUUUAGAAAUCUACAAAGCGUGGGAUUAUUGUAUUAGUUCAGCACUUCUAUCUUCUCUCAGCUGAAUUUGAAAACGUAAAUUACACAUCCUACAUCGAUCGCAAUACUUGUCAAGAAAAGUUGUGCUUUUUCCUCGAAAUUGCAAAGCCUUAAAGCCAAAGUAUGUAACCUUUUAGCCCAAAAAUAGACAGAAAAUAAUAAUUUUUUUUUUUUUCAUUUUAGUUGUUUAUUGUUCUGAAAAAUAUACAUCCUUACUCUGAGUAGGCUUGCAUCUCCACAAACCUGACUCAACGGCCUCCUUCCAUGGAAAUGUAGUAUAAUAUUCCAUAAAUAUUCCAUGCGGCAUAAAACUCCCCUAUCUUCUUGUAGAAUCUUCCAAAUAUGGUCUUAACUUUCUAUUUCCGUGGAAUCAAGCAGGUGAUGUACCAACCCCAGAAAGUUACAGACUGUACCUUUAAAGAAAUGGUCCAGCAGCUUUGGAAAUUUUCAUAAAAUCCACAUUUUGGGAAUAAAUAUUAGUUGGAUCAUUCUGGACAAAUAGUCAUUAAAGUGCUUGUAUUAGACUGUUUAUUAUGUUCUAAUGUUGUUUCCUCAUCAGAAACAGACUUGGAGUUGUUUUAUUUCAUUCACACGCUUGUUUAUGCAUAUUUAGGCUGAGUUCUUCUUCUCACAAAUGGAAAACACUGUUCCACCUUGUGAUGUCAUGUGGUUAUACAGGAAGUGCACCACUGUGGUUUUAAACUCCCAUGAACGCGCCAAACAAAGUCCGACUGACCCAUCCAACUGUUGUGUUUCGUUUAAAGUCCAGUGCGGUUUAUUUGUGAAAAAAGUUUGAAAAUAGACCAUUUAAUGACAGUGCGUCUAGAGUGCCUAAUAGCCUGUAAAAUACGGUAUGUCUGAGGCCUCCAUUUCUGUUCAAAGAUGGAUUGUCUAGCCUUUUUAACUUCCCUCUCAAACCAAUUAUUUUCUCUUGCUCGGAUCUGUCCCUUCCUGUCCUUAAAAGAGCGGCCCGUGGCUUUUAGACGGAGAUGUACAGCAGACUGUGGUCCUGUGUUGGUACAUCCUCCUCAUCCUUUUGUGAAGUGUCCGUUUCGUUUCUUCAUUCUGGCUCAGUGUUUUGACAUUCGGGUGGACCAGUUUCUGUCUGAAAGUGUUCGUAGAUAUUUCCACUCUUCUGAACAAAAGCUAAAAAGGGUAGCCGUUAACUUAAAAACUACACUUUCAAGGUGGAACAGAGCGUUUUGAGCUUUGGAGAUGUAGACAGACUAUUAAUAAAGAAUUAUUCAAACAUGUGAAUGAAGCAAAACUCAAGGUCUGUUUUUGAGGAGGAAACAACAUUAUAACUUGGCUCAAAGCUUCCAAGAGUUUAUUUUAUGUAAUGUAGGACCUAUGUUGGCACUUACACUAAAGUACAGAUGUUGCUCAGGUAGGGCAUCUGGCUUAAAAACUCUACCAUAACAGCCAACAGUCCAAAAGGUUGUGUUUUAUUUUUGAAAUCCAUUUACUGUCCACUCAUUGAAUUUUUUAUUUUUUUUUACCAUCCAAGAUCUUUUGUGCUAAUUAUGUUCUGCUACUUCCUACUUCCAGGUUUUGUUUAAGAAAAAGAGUUUUGAAAAAGGAUUGAAAACGUUCGUCGUGAGAAGAACUAUUGGUUAAAAAUCGGACGUUUUAUGGUGUGAAAACAUCAGUAAAACCAAGCCCCAGAUUAGCCUGAGUUUUGAUAAAGAAUUCCUAUGUUUUUACCAUUUUAUUGCUUUUAGACUGUGGGAAUGGUGCUGUUUACAAAAUUGUUUCCCCGUUUCUGUUAUGAAUAAACCUGAAAACCUGUA